AGAGGGAUAAACCUGCGACGCAACAUUCAGCAGGGGACCACCAUCAACAGCAUCAUCCCUCAUCCCAGAGUCCAGAAGCUGAUAAGAUAUGCAGCCCAUCAUCAAGUUUGAGCGGGCAAAGAAGCGGAUGCACCUCCCACCUUACUUUCCCACUCCCAAUCACCACCAAAUCAUUAGCCCGCCGUUGUUCGGAACCAUCAAGUCAAGCCACCACGCCAACAAGAGAUCGUCAAACAAUGACACAAAUCGUGGGCUAUCGUCUGCCGCGCCGAAUCACCGCCGUUCCGCCGUUGCGCCUCAGGGUCCUUUCAACAACCCCGCCCCUGUCAGUGUCACGACACCCUUUUCUCCGUUGAGACUCUUUGUCACCGUCUCCAUCGAUUCCAAUCUCCAUGCCGUCGGUCUAGACGACGUCUCCUCCCUCCGGCAUAUGACUAGGCAGGAGGAGUCGAUGCGAAGGAGCCUCCGCGCCUGUUCCGGUCGCGCCCGAUGAGCAAGGGACCUUGCCAGUCCCUGAACUGAAGUGCAUUUGUGUCACGGCCCCAAGUCGGCGUCGAGGAACUGGGGGACUCCAACCAAAGACCUCACAACUCACCACUCUUCAAAUAAG